UCGGAAGCUCGUGGUGUGAAGUGUUCGUAGGUCCUGCAGCGGGCAGCAUCACAGAGACGCGAGCAUGGAGAAUUUAGGCUAUGGUCCGGACCCCUCGGACCCUCAGGAGGGCAGAGGCGCUCGUGCCAUCUUCACGCCGCCCCCCAACGGCGUGAGCAAGCACCUCAAGAGCGGCGUGUACAGGAACGGCGUGCCACAGUUCGGCAAGAAUCACAAGAACGGCGCCGUGGACCCUGAGAAGAUUAUCACGGUGCUUGGUUCCGGCGAUUAUGGUCGCGCUUUGGCCGGCCGCCUCGUCAAGUCCGGCUACACCGUCUACAUCGGCUCCCGCGAUCCCAGCAGAGAAAACACAAUUGCGAUGGUGAAGCAGACAGGCGCUGUCCUGCUGCACCAGGACGAGGCUCUGGCGGCGAGCAGCAUGGUGGUGGUGGCCGUGGGUCGGGACCACUACGACAGCCUGCCGCUGGCCAGACUCAGAGGCAAGAUCGUGAUUGACGUGGCCAACAACACGGAGAUCAGGCGAGGCCCUCAUUACCAGAGUAACGCUGAGUACCUGCAAGGUCUGCUGCCGGAGUCGAGCGUCGUGAAGGGCUUCAAUGUUCUGUCGGCCUACGCACUGGAGAACGGCGGGCUGCAGGGCAGCAAGGAGGUCUUCAUCGCCGGCAACGACCCCGACGCGAAGGCGGCGGUGUCGCAGGUGGUGCGAGCGUGCGGGUUCACCCCCGUCGACUGGGGGACCAUCAAAGCCGCGCGCGACAUCGAGGACGUUCCGCUCAAGCUCAUGCCGUCCUGGAAGAAGCCUGUUGCUGUUGUCUUCGGUCUCUUCCUUUUCGUAUCCAUUAUCGCUCUUUUCAGUUUUCAGAUCUGCCGGAACAUACAAGACGGAGACUGGACGCAGAAUUGGACGACGCUUUUCAACACCAACUUCAACAGAGUCAUCGCUGUGGUGGCCCUCUGGACACUAGCCUUCUGCUACCUCCCUGGGUUGCUGGCCGCUUACGUGCAGCUGUGGCGGGGCACCAAGUAUAGCCGCUUCCCUGCCUGGCUCGGCGACUGGCUCAAGAUGCGCAAGCAGCUCGGCCUGCUCAUGCUCGGCAUGGCCGCUACGCAUGCAUGCAUGUCGGUGGCAUACGUGUCCCCCCAGACCCUGUCUUGGGUCUACGAGCCCGCCACCAACAUCCGAGUCUUGGUACAGGCCCCCAAUGGGACUACCUUUGAGAAGACAGAGCAGCUCUACAACUUCCAUUUCAACUGGCGCGGAGAACUCUUCCUUACGCUCGGGGCGCUGGCGAUGUGCCUGACGGUGGUGCUGGGCAUCACGUCCCUGCCGUCCGUGACGGCCACGAUGUCGUGGCGGGAGUUCACCUUCAUCCAGAGCAAGCUGGGCUGGGUGUGUCUCAUCUUCGCAAGCUUCCACGACAUUUUCCUGGCUUGGAAUUACAUGUUCCUCUACUUCGGCUGCUUCAACACGCUGCCCAUCGGACCUCAGUACGCGCUGUAUCCUUCUGCCCUGUGCGUUCUGUUGAAGCUGCCGCUGCUGCUGCCCUGCGUAGAUAACCACCUACAGAAGAUCCGUCGCGGCUACGAGAGGCAGUCCGUCAGGAAACAAAAGAACAUCGCUUGACACAUUUCCGUUCAACCAAAUUAAUUACUAGAACAGCUGGUUAACCUCCGACUUUAGGUUUUUCAUUCGCCACCCAUCAUCUGCAGGGAUUUGAAUUGGUUUGACUCAUGUUUUGAAUUCAAUUGAACAUGACUCAUCAAUUUGCAUUCCUGCCGAAUGAAAUGAACCAUUGCCUACCCGGCCAAUUUACUAAUAAUAUAAUGUCGAAUGAAUUUUUUUAGCAUAUGCGUCGAGUUGUGUCUGAGAGCGUAAUUCCGACUUGUACAUAUUUAAUCAUGUAGGCCUGUAGCAGUUUGCGGUAUGUCAAAAGCAAAGUUCUUGCCAGCGUUGAAAAAAACUUUAUUUUGCUUUCUGCUUCUAUUUUUAUGUCGUGUAUUUAAUUCAUUCGUAACUAACCAAGAAAAGCAGCACAAUAUUGCCAUAGUUGUCACACAUUUGUAGUCAUUUGUACCCAGCCAACGCUGAGUAUAAAUAUCCAACUUGCAUAGGUCCCGGCGAUGCAUUUUAUAUGUCUGAAAUUACACCUCUCUGCAUACUGGAAGACCAAUUCUGAACGAAAUAGGUAUGUAAAUAAAUUAAAGGGACUAAUAAUGAGCGUUUCCUAGAUAACUUGACGCCACAAAUUCUCGGCACCCCGACUUUUUGGAGGCUCUUAUCUACAACCAAGUUAAGUAAUACAACGCGUAGUUAUUAAGGACCCUAGUAAAUGCAUCACAUUGCAUCGGCAUUUAAAAAUAGAUCUAAGUUCAACCGUAUAGUUUGUUUUGGUACCUAAGUUUUAAGUUGUAUUUUUACUGCAUUUCAACUAUUCAGCAAAAAAUUGACUAACGAUUAAUGGCUCCUAGAAAUAACGAUCAUCAGGGAUUCCAUGUUGGCUCAAAUGAUGACCAAUUUUAAUUUAACAUGCGAGACUAAGUUUUUCCGUAUUUGCAUUGUGUCGCCUAUAGCGACAUUUCCACGCAGAAGCAUUCCCGCUUCAUAGUUUUCUUCAAGCCAUUCGACUGGAAAUUAAAUAUUGUUUAUGACGGAAUUCAAGCACGUAGAAUUUAGAAGGUUUAGGUAGUCGAAUUCUUCAUCUUUACCCAUGUAAUUAUAAUAUUAUUUUUAACUCCCGUUAUCGAAAGGCAGUUUAAUCAUGUAAAUACAGUAAUUUGUAAUGGAGCGACGGGAUAAGAGUUUCGUUUUGAAGCAGACUGCAUGCCUAUUCUUUAUGCUUAAAGUGAGCUGUGAUAUUUUAUUUCAGAAUAAUUUAAGUGAAAGUGUUUCCCUGCGUGAUGGCAGUGUUGGGCCUGCAACCCUUCAAUUUCAGACGAAGGCUCCUCCUGCAUAGCUGUCACAUUAAGGCAAUGGCUCCCAAACUGAAAUAUUUUACUACCUAAGGGUAAUUUACAACAUUUUUAAAGGAAUACUUGGAGGAGCAAGUGUUUAUUUCCGUUUGAGCAAUAAUUUCGAUAUGAUGUUAUGGACAGAUGUUUUGAAAAACGCUGCUGGCUUAGGAACGGAUAGUCUGUGGCCGUUGCAGAACAAGUGAGCAAAUCGCGCUCACAGAGACACUUUUUGUCGAACCCUUGCUCAUGGGAGCUUAUUUUAAUAGUCACUUCAACGAUAUUUUUUGGUAUCAGUGCCAAAAUCGAUUGAAAAAUGGCAUUUAAAAUCGAGUUAUCAGCACUCUUAGUCAUUCUGAAGAUAAAUAGACGUAUAAGAGAGCGCGUAAAAGAACUUGUUUACAGUAAUAACGUUGAAGGAAAAUAACAAUAAUAGGAUUCUUUUGGUCUAAUGUAGAGUCUCGGUCCCGAACGACGGAGACCAAACUGUUGGUGUCAUCUCAACCCAACCCUGACGAAGGUGGCUCUCCAUUCAUAAUUUGUUUACUUUAAUAAACUUUCGUGAUACUGAUAGAAUCAAAUUAUGCUAUUGAUUUUCUUAUUAUUUACCUUUUAUAAAAAUUAUAUAGGCGACAAACAAACUGUUGGUGUCAUCUCAACCCAACCCUGACGAAGGUGGCUCUCCAUUCAUAAUUUGUUUACUUUAAUAAACUUUCGUGCUACUGAUAGAAUCAAAUUAUGCUAUUGAUUUUCUUAUUAUUUACCUUUUAUAAAAAUUCUCUACUUUAUUUUCAUUCAAAACUCUCAGGAUGUGUGCAUUGUGCAUUACGGGAUGCCUUCUUUCUUAAUUCCAGAUAGAGGCUCUGCACUGAUGAUGAAUUCACGUUAACGUAGCCUGUGUAAAUCCCAUAUACUCGUUCUAUUUCUAAAAGCAUUUUUCUUCUAUCGGAGAGGUGUUAAAGCUUCACUGACAAACAUACUCUAUAUAGUCAACUGUUCCCUCUACCGAAGUAAAAGUUCCUCGAAAUUGG